AUGUCUCAUGAGACAAAUGAAAUAAUUGAACCUUUGUUAUAUGAAUAUUUGAAGCAGGACAGCAUUGUGCCCUUUCAAAGAUGUCUUGAGAAAUAUUCAGCAGAGAAGCUAGUGACUCCCUCUGGGAAUUCACUACUUCAUGUAGCUGUAAGCUAUGGAAGUGACAAAAUUGCAAAUUAUUUGGCUAAAGAGUUUCCUUCUCUAAUCACCAGCCAAAACAGCCAGGAGGACACAUUCCUUCAUGUUGCUGCCAGAGAAGGAAGGGUUAGUCCUACAGCUAAAUCUCUUGUGCAAUUGAAUCCGAGUUUGAUGAAGAAGACAAAUAAAAAAGGGAACACUCCUUUGCAUGAUGCAGUGAUCAUGGGUCAUAAAGAAGUUGUCGUAUGGCUAGUUAACAAAGAACCAGAUGUGGCCUAUUACAACAACAACACGGGCCAGUCUCCUUUGUAUCUGGCUGUUGAGAAUAGCAAGGAGAAUGGGAUACUGGAUGUUCUCUUGAAUACGGAAGCUUCGAUGCCCAUAAAAAGAGAAGAUGGUGAAUCCCUUGGCACUCUACCAGAUGGAAAGUCUCCUGUUCAUGCUGCCAUCGUGCAACGUAGCAUAGUUAUAUUGAAGAAAAUUGAAUCGGCAAAGCCAGAGCUAUUUCGUCUCCAAGACAAAGAGUUGGGAAAUUCACUCCAUUAUGCAUCAUCCAUAGGUUUUCUGGAAGGAGUUCAAUUCCUAUUGCAGAAGUUUUGUGGCAGUGCAAAUGAAGUCAACCAGGAAGGAAACUAUCCUAUCCAUCUUGCCUGCAAAAAUGACUCUGUUGAUAUCCUAAAGGAAUUUCUGAAAAUUUUCCCAUAUCCGAAAGAAUUCCUCAAUAAAAAAGGUCAGAACAUCCUUCAUGUAGCUGCAGAAAAUGGACAAGGCAAUUUGGUUAGGUACAUACUCAAACGGGAUCCGAAGCUCAUCGACCCUCUGCUAAAUGAGAUGGAUGUGGAUGGAAAUACACCUUUGCAUUUGGCAACACAGCACGGCCGGUCCACAGCUGCAUUUGUUCUUGUGCGUGACAACCGCGUUGAUCCUUCAAUUGUAAACACUGAAGAUUUGACACCAUAUGAUGUCGCUCAUCGACAAUCCAAAAUAGCCGUAGCGCAAUAUGAAAAAACAGAAGAAAAGCUUGCUGAGGAACGAAAGGAGUUUGAUUCAAAUGGGACCGAGGACAAAGCAGUUGAUCUAAGGAAGCCAGAAACAAAAAAGGCAUCCUCAAAGGAUUACAAACUGCCAGAUUAUUAUGGAGCGAUGACAACACUAUCGAUUUUAUACUUCCAUACCCACCCAAAGAAAUCUCUACAGCAGCGUUUCAGUAGUACUCAAGGCAAGCCACCAAGGAAAGAGGAAACAAAGAGUAGGAUAGAGAAUCUUCUAGUGGUAGCAGUGCUUGUUGCUGGUGUAACCUUUGCUGGUGCUAUACAAUUGCCACAAUUAAAGAGUACCAAUAGCUCAAAUGAACAUCAUCAUGACUUUAAUAGCACUGUCCCUCAUAAUACCACUGCCUUUGACAGUCCCACUGGUUCAUCUCUUCUGGAUGGUUAUUUAUGCCUUGAUGUGUGGGCUUUAAAUACCUCUGUGGUGGCAGCUAUAAUCCUUCUUUGGACAAACCUGAAUGAUGUCAAGUUUGCACCAUUUGCAGUUUGGUUUUCAUCCUUAAUGGUUGGUGGAUCUAUUUACAUGAUGUGCUUGGCAUUCUUUUUUGCCGUGAGCAUAGCAUUAGGUGGAUCCAAUUAUGGGGUGUUCGCAAUCAUCAUUAUUGUGGUGGGGGUCUUGUUUUUCUUUGCUCAAACAUUGCUUUAUCUUCAAUGGCUUCUUCCACCAUCUAUCACCCUAAUUCUUGAAGGAGUGCUCUCGCAUUAUGUCUACUACUGCUCGUUUUUCUUGCUUUUCUACGGUUGGAGGUGGCUGCCAGAUAAACUUUAUGAGAUCAAGAGAAAGCGAAGUAGCUCUUCAGGUUGA